CAAGAUGGCCGUCGACGGACCCGCUGUGAAAGAAGAGGAGAUAAAUGCAUUGACUCGGGAAGCCGAAUCCCUUAAAAUCAAGCUAGAAGAAGAGCGGAGAAAGCUCAACGAUGUUGACUUGAUGGUAGUCGCGGAGAAGUUGGACACGCUGCCACAACUCAAUUUAAAACCUCGCAGGAUUCUAAAAGGUCACCAAGGAAAGGUUUUAUGCUUGGAUUGGGCACGAGAUCAUCGGCAUAUGGUCACGUCAUCACAAGAUGGAAAGAUCAUUGUGUGGGAUGCGUUCACUACAAAUAAGGAACAUGGCAUCACUAUGCCGACGACCUGGGUCAUGGCAUGCUCAUAUGCCCCAUCCGGUACCAUAGUGGCUUGUGGUGGCCUAGAUAAUAAGUGUUCAGUGUACCAGCUAAGCCAAGAGGAAGAUUUAUCAUGCAAGAAGAGAGCCGUAGCCAUGCAUACCAGCUACGUGUCUUGCUGUACAUUUAUGAACUCCGAUCAGCAGAUUUUAACUGGGAGUGGUGACAGUACAUGCGCCCUAUGGGAUGUUGAGAGUGGUCAGUUACUGCAGAGUUUUCAUGGUCACAACGCUGACGUCAUGGGACUCGAUCUGUCGCCCUCGGAGGCUUGUAAUACCUUUGUUUCAGGGGGAUGUGACAAGCAGGCCCUCGUGUGGGACAUGCGUACCGGACAGUGUGUCCAGUCAUUUGAUGGUCAUGAGUCAGACAUUAAUGCUGUUAGAUUCUUUCCUAGUGGGGAUGCAUUUGCAUCUGCAUCUGAUGACGCUGGGUGUCGUCUGUAUGACCUACGAGCUGAUCGAGAAAUCAAUUGCUAUGCCAAGGAGUGUAUCAUUUUCGGUGCAACGUCGUUGGAUUUCUCCCUCAGUGGGCGAUUACUCUUCGUUGGCUACAAUGAUUACUCUGUCAACAUAUGGGACACACUGAAAGGUGUACGUCUGACCAUGCUGUAUGGACAUGAGAAUCGUAUAAGCUGCCUGCGUACAUCACCGGAUGGUACAGCACUGUGUACAGGGAGUUGGGACUACACACUGCGUAUAUGGGCUUGAAGUGUAUUGAAGUAUGAAAGUACUGAAGGGUUUGGAAGUAAAGGGUACUGUGAAGUAUAUUGGAGUAUGCAGGUACUAGGGGUUUGGAAGUGAUGGAUACUGUGUUGGUGUAGUCUAUAGGUUUUUCCCGGCCAAUUUCAACAGAGACUUAUACCGUUAAAACAUCCAGCUCAUUCUAUUUUGUUUGAAAAUGUAGGUUGCAUCAGCUUUCAACAGUCAAAAUUAGUAGUUCAAUAUCUACAGCUUAAUAUUUCAUUGGUCAAAGAAGACCAUUUCAAUUUAUUAUUUCGCAAAAGAGCGUUCAAUUUCACAAAAGCCAACAGCAAAGACUGGUUAACCAUUUUGUUUAAUAAUAAACUCCUGGAAGUGUAGUCUUCAAUGACUGUACAUAUAAAUGAAAUAGAAACGAACCUGAAUGGGAAUGAUAUCAAGUGCGCACAAAAAAAGGAAAAAGGAAAAAAGCAUAAAUUUAGUGUGUUUUAGUUGAAUUUAAAACAUUUUUAGGGUCGAAAUUGACCUGGAAAAGCUUUAUUUUGAGAAUACAUUUUAAGGACCACAGACUUCAAAGAUGAAGUAGUUACGUAUAGGUGCGACUUGAGAUAGCUCUUUUCAAUCCUGGUGCAAUGAAAUGCAGCAAUUAAACAUUGUUGCAAGUUGUCGCUCGCCGUUGAUGGGUUCAAGGUGAUAGAUGAUGUCAAGUAGGAUUUGAAACUUUGCAUGGUGGGAUUAUGGUAAGUUAGCGGUAGCACAAUGUGUAAAUCUCUUUUGAGUAGUGGUGGUUCUGGAAAAAAAAAACGUUGUUAACAACGCAACAUGAUAGAUGGCGUUGCAUUCAAGCGGGCUACACACAUUUCUGUCAGAAAGGUGUAUGAGGAAAAAUAAACUUGAUUUCAACAUUAUCCGAUAAGAAUUUCGAGAGCUCACAUUGAGUUAUUUUUGAGAACUCGCUUAGUGAGUAAUUUGCACAGUUACUGAUCAACGUACAACCCUCAUGAUGUUUAGAAAAACUCAAUAAAAGAUUCAAGCUUUAAUAAGAGAAAGUAUUAUGAACAAAUUCUAGAAGUUGACAGAACAUUAAGUGAUUGUAUCUUGCCUUGCCUUGAAAUAACAUAUUACAGCAGCCAACUCAAUUUUAUUUUAACAAUUCAAUGCAUAGAACCCCAAGUGGGAAAGUUCCUCAUGAUUUGACAAUAUUUUUUUUCCUUUGUCUCUGUAAUUAAGAACCUCCACAAACUCCUUGUUGAGUGUCCUAGCCUAUUUUACCUUCGUAUAUUUCAUGGCUAAAAUCUUACUUUCCCAACAAUAUGAAAUCAUUUUUUAAGAAACAGAAUUGCUCAUAUGUAAAACUCAAUAAGGAUGAGACUUACUUGGUCUUGAUAGUUCAAAUAUGCGUGAGACUUGCACAGUCUAUUGUCAGUCACAAAUGACAUUGGUUCUUACCCCGACCAAAGCGUGUGCUUAUAUUGUCACAGCAUAUGAAAAUCACCAAAGAAAAAUAGAUAAUGAAUAACCAAUUAUCGUCUAGGCAUAACUAAGUUCGUUUUGGGGGUGAUUUGUCAUGAUACUCUUGCCAUUUUUGAUCUUAAAACAAUGUUUUUUAAAACUGGAUUCAGUAUGGUUUAUAAAUGGAACUUCAACAGAAUUACUUUUCAGCAUUUUGUUUUGCUGUGUUUCCCACCCUUUACAAAAUUGAAGUCAAAUUUUUAUUUUUUAUUUUAUUUUAAAUGUUUUCUUUUGAUGGCAAAUAAUCUUUUUGAAAGGGCUGGGGAAUGAAAUGUAAAAACUUUGAGAAUCGUGAAUGUGACGUUAUACAUUUCUAUGGAUCAUUUACAUGUGCAAGAGUUGCAUACAGUUGUAAAGAUUAUUUUCUGUGGAACAAAAUAAACAGUUGGAGGUGCAUUUUUCAUUUAGGUAAUGAGGCAAUUGUAGAUACUUGUCAACAAAGCAACAUGUUUUAAAUUAAGUAAAUACAUCAGAUGUAUAGUAUACUGUAAACAAACGCACCGGCAAGUCCAACUAAGUGUGUAUCUUGGACUUUUAUGAAUUUUGUUGAUGUAUUUGUAAAUUUUAGUUGAGAUUCCACAUUGUAAGUAGUAUUUAUUUUACUUUAGUUUGUACAUUCUAGGUAGGCCCUUUUGUUGAACACUUUUUAAAUAUGUUCCAUGUGCAUCAGGGAUAAAGAAUAUAAAUUGGUUUUACCCGACACAUAGGAUUUGACCUGCCUCUAGCCACCGGGCUAGCUCUGUGGUCGAUUGGUAGGACAUCUGCUCUAGGAGUGCAAAGGUCAUGGGUUCGAAUCGCUGUGGAUUUUUUUUUUCUUUCACAGAACUCUGGAAAGUACUGAGCACAUCGGUAUAAGGGUAACAACAAAUUAUAGACUUUUUGUCUUUUUAUUCGCUUCUUAAGAUAAAUCAUGUACAGUAUACAGUUCGUAAAGAGUGGAGAAGCAUUUUACAGUUAGCUGAUGAUUUGUCGGAUUUGAGAUACUGUAUAUAUAUUUAGUUUGAGAGACAGCAGUGUGGUGAUACAAGUUGGUACAUUGAGCUCUGUAGGUAUUGGUUGAAUGUCAACCUUAAAUAACACUACGUGUAGAUUUAAUUGAUGUUAAUCGGGGGUAAAGAAAUGUAUUUUUUAGCAUGAUUUCUCAAAAUAAUUCCUGAUUUCAGGUUUUUCUCAAAAACUCCUUUGAGCAUUAACAUUUUCUUGAAAGGAGUAAAGCAAUCACCGAAGUGAGAGAGAAAUUGUCCACAGUAUGUCCAACCUGUAGUUUUGUCUUUCGGGUGAUGCACAGAGUCUGUAAACCUACUGAACUGUGACUGAAUCUGGGUAGUGGGUAGGCUCCUAGUAAACCAUGUUGGGUUUAGGUUAGACUUUUGUCAAGGCCUACGUGGUUUGGAUAGCUGCGGUCGCAAGCAUCUGUAACGGGAGACAAUGCACUCACCAUAUAACUCCCUCGCUUGGUCUCCUUUUACAGUCGCUCCUCUGUGGUGCGAAGGCCUUGGCAAAAGGCCAGGUUUAGGUGUGAUUUUGUUCCCUUUGUGCAAGCCAGUCUACAGUCGCAUUGACACAACUUCUUGUAGGUAAACAGCACAGCUUUCCCAAGAUCUGGGCCCAAGUUCAUGGUGCAGCCUUUUGUCGAAUUCUGAUCUUACAGCCCAUAGAAUCAUGCGCAUCGCAGGGCACCGUAAAUGCCAAAUUUAGUGCUAAGCAGCAGUGUUGUAGUCAAGAUCCGAUAGUCCGAGACCAAGAUCGGCUAGAGACCUACAACACUGCUUAGCAGUGACAUGAAAUUGGACCCUCUUCCUAUGCAAAAUGAGUAACAAUGUACUUACAGUGCAUUACCAUUACAUCUUUGUGUUAUUAUGUGUCACUUAAGAAAUCCAUGUAAAAAUGUAACAUGCCUCUGACCAACUAGAACUAAAAAGAGUUGUGAAUAAUGAGAGGAUGAAUCCGAAUUUUAUGCUAGUAUGGUGAGUGGAUAUAGGAGUUAAUGUUUUAAUUACACAUGUGCAAUAGAUAUUUACAAAUUAGACCAGGAAUACACUUAAAUAUGUCACCAAAUUGAUAUUUUAUUGAUAUUUUAUUGCCACCAGAUAAAGAGAAGUCUAAUAAAGUACACAAAACAA